AUGGGUGACAAGUAUGCUAGUCUGCGGCGGGCCGAGCUGCAUCUGGAUUUCAUCCAUGCCAACUCCACCACUCACAGUUUCCUUUUCGGAGCACUGGCAGAGUUGCUGGACAAUGCAAGAGAUGCAGGGGCUGCAAGACUUGAUGUGUUUUCAGUGGAUGAUGAAAAACUGCAGGGUGGAUUCAUGUUGUGCUUCCUGGAUGAUGGAUGUGGGAUGAGCCCUGAGGAAGCUUCAGAUAUCAUUUACUUUGGAACAUCCAAGAAACGGUUGUCGCCCUUGAAGUUUAUUGGACAAUAUGGCAAUGGUCUUAAAAGUGGAUCCAUGCGGAUUGGAAAAGACUUUAUUCUCUUUACAAAGAAGGAAGAAACAAUGACCUGUGUUUUUUUUUCUCAGACAUUCUGUGAAGGAGAAGGUCUGAGUGAGGUUGUGGUUCCAAUGCCCUCAUGGUUAACAAGAACCAGAAAACCUGUCACAGAUGAUCCUCAGAAAUUCUCAACAGAAUUGUUUAUAAUUUAUAAGUACUCUCCAUUUAAAACUGAAGUUGAAUUAAUGCGGCAAUUUGAUGUCAUCUAUGGCAAAUGUGGUACUUUCCUGGUUAUUUAUAACCUGAAGCUUUUGCUUAAUGGAGAGCCAGAGUUGGAUAUUAAAACUGACAACGAAGAUAUACUGAUUGCUGGAGCUCUUGAGGGUUUCCCAGAGAGAUGGUCAUUCAGAGCCUACACUUCUGUCCUAUAUUUUGACCCUUGGAUGAGAAUAUUUAUUCAGGCCAGAAGAGUUAAAACAAAACACCUAUGUCAUUCCCUCUACAGACCCAGAAAGUAUCUGUAUGUCACAACUUCUUUUAAAGGAGCAUUUAAAAAUGAAGUUAAAAAGGCAGAAGAAGCAGUAAAGAUUGCUGAACUCACCUUGAAAGAUGCACAAAUCAAGGUAAACCAGCCUGACAGAACUUCCUUGUCUUUUUCUACCCAGGAUGUAAUACAGAAAGCUUUGGAAGAUGUGGAAGCAAAGCAUAAGAUUCUUCAAGAGAAACGGAGAGAAUUAAAGAAAGCAAGGACACUUUCCCUGUUCUUUGGAGUGAACAUAGAAAACCGAAACCAAGCUGGGAUGUUCAUUUACAGUAAUAACCGCCUGAUCAAGAUGCAUGAGAAAGUGGGUCCGCAGUUGAAAAUGAAAUCCUUACUUGGUGCAGGUGUGGUUGGAAUUGUUAACGUACCCUUGGAGAUCAUGGAACCAUCACACAAUAAGCAGGAAUUUCUUAAUGUCCAAGAAUAUAAUCAUCUUCUAAAAGUCAUGGGACAGUUCUUGGUCCAGUACUGUAAGGACACUGGGAUCAGUAAUAGAAAUCUAACAUUGUUUUGGAAUGAAUUUGGAUACCAGAAUAACAAGGACACAGAGAGGUCUUUAGAUUCUAUUCAGUAUCAAAGAAGACAAGUCAUGGCCAUCCCAUUCAUGAUGCAGUGUGAUCUUUGCCUGAAAUGGAGAGUCUUGCCACUCUCUACUAAUUAUCAGGAAAAAGAAUUUGUUGACAUCUGGAUUUGUGCUUAUAAUCCUAACCGCUUGGAAAACAGUUGCCAUCAGAAAGAAUGCCUGCCUCCCAUUCCCCUGGGCACCAUGAGCACGGCAUCGCCAUCAAAAAACGAGAAAGACAAGCGACUUCAAGAGUCAGUCCAAAGGUAUCAGAAUCGCCUGGCAGAACAGCAGCCGCAACCUCAGUUUAUACCAACAAGCAGGAUCGCUGAGUUCACUCCCAUCUGCCAAACUUCAGCAUCAAAGGAAAACACAAAAACUCAGAAAAUCAGGCCUUCAGGUAACGACUUGAAGUAUGAGUCUUUUGCAUCCUUGGAGCUUUCUGUGAGCCACAGAGGCUGGAAAAGAAACACUGAAGGGGCAGACUCGGAUGUGGAGUACGUAUCAGAGACGAAAAUGGUGAAGUGUACACGGAAGAAAGUGAAGCCACGGCAGAGACAUUCAGCAGCCCUGCCAGAAAACGUCAGACUGUCUGAGAGAUCCCAGGCCUCUUCUUGGGAAAUGAAAUGGAAGCAGAAUCAGAAUCUGGUGCAGGAAUGUAAGGCUUUGAUUGAAGCCAAAACCAGCAACAGUGAUCCAGAUAUAAUCCUGAUUUUAGAUCAGGGUGACAAGAAUGUUUUAUUGAAACAAGAAAAAAAAGAAGAUUCUCUUAUGAAAAAAGAAAAACAGGAGCUGUGCAGCGAUACUACAGAAAUAAAGAAAAAUUCUUCAUUACCUAACUGGAAAAGUGUACCAUUGGAAGAUUUAAAUCCAAGUUCUGGACGCAAAGCCAGAGUUUCUCUAAGUGGCUGUGAAGAUGCUUCUUUGCUGGCAAAAUCUUAUCAAAACACAUCUGUCAAGGAAACAGUAAGAAAACUGACAUCUAACUUAUGGGAGAUUAUUCUGUAUUUCUUUCCAGAGUAUCAGCCACCAUCAGAAUUUGGCUGCUCAUCUGUGGAGGAAUUUGUAGCAAGUUUGGAGCUGGAGCAAUGCCCAGAGCAGACAAACAGAAAGCUGAAAAUGUGUUUCAAACAGAUCCAGAAUGUUUAUAUGGCCCAGUAUGAAGAGAAACUGAAGAGAAAAAUGCAGUCUAUUAUCUAUGAUGCUAAUAGGAGAGGAGUGAUUAAUGAAGUAACUCUGGUGCAAUGUGAGCAAAAAAGAAAAGUUACUGAAGAUAAACUGAACAAGCUUCGUGUGAAACUGGCAGCAGUGCUGCAGAAAUUCCAGCUGGGAGGACCAGGAGGAGACCUGGAACAGAUUGACCGUUAUUUAGAAGCUUUGCUGAAAGAAGAUAAUCUCCUUUUGGGGAACACUUCAAAUAGAGGAACUGCACAUACAGAACGUAGUCUCCCUUUAGAGAAGAAAUGA